UUCAACACCUUCAGUUGUUGAUUUGAUAAAACAGUCUAUAACAAACAAGCGAGAGAACGAAACGCGUGCAUUACCGAAGGUGUUGUAAACUGAAUAGUCUCGCGCUAAACUUGCACCACUCCGAAUGUCCAUCUCGAGGUUCAAACGUCGUGAUUUUGAUUAGUGUUACUAAUAAUAAUUAAGUCAUGAAUAUGAGAAAAUGUUAAAGUUUAGGCGAACACUGGUGUAGCAAUUUUGUGAUAAACCUUCGUUGAACGAGUUCCAAAAAUAACAAUGAUGAUGUGGUUGUGAGAAAUAAUCGGAAACAAUGCCUCGGCCAUCUCGGGAUAGUUACGGUGACCAAAAACCGCCAUAUUCAUAUAUUUCACUGACCGCUAUGGCCAUCUGGAGCUCCCCGGAAAAGAUGCUCCCAUUAAGUGAUAUUUAUAAAUUCAUAACGGACCGGUUUCCGUACUAUCGGAAGAAUACUCAGCGUUGGCAAAACUCUCUGCGACACAAUCUUAGUUUCAAUGACUGCUUUAUCAAAGUGCCAAGACGACCUGAUAGACCGGGUAAGGGUGCAUACUGGGCUCUGCACCCACAGGCGUUCGAUAUGUUCGAAAAUGGAAGUUUGCUCCGACGGAGAAAACGGUUCAAACUACACAAAAACGAUAAGGAUAUUCUGAAUGAGGAGCUCGCCGCUCUGGCGAAUAUCAAUCGUAUAUUCCUAGCCCAGAACUCCACCGCAGAAACAUAUUGCCCAACGAUGGUGGAUCCUAUCCACCAACCAAUGUUGCAUUCUCCCAUCGAAUCCCUAUCACCUGCAUCUGCACCAGCUGCAAUAUCACCGAUUGCCAUAUCGGAAACACUAACUCCGUUGCGACCAAAACGAGCUUUUACAAUUGAAAGCCUCAUGACCCCAGACGGCCGAUCCACUCCGGUACAUCAAGUACCGAACAAAACAACCAAAUCAUCUACCGACAAGCUCAAUCUUCUCGACGAUAGUCCUAGGAUUCCCGGGCUGCAUCAAACGCUUCCACCGGCCACGACACUCCCUGGGGUUCAUAUACCACCGUUUCUACCAUACCCACAUCCCAUCCUGAACGCCUACGACCUGCCGAUUCAUCCGCUGCUCAUGAUGACUCCCCUUGGAGCGAUUCCACCGCACUACUUUCAUCACAGUUCGUAUCACAAUUUGACGUUACCACCCGGAGCUGGUGGAGGCGGCGGCGGACGUGCAGCGGGGGACACCGGGACCGGUUCCGCUGGUGACGCUGCCGGUCCAACCGAUCUGAGCAGGCUGGGACACGCGCUGCGUACCGUGUGAAUACACGCCGCAAGCUGGCAACUACACUACGUGUGACAAAUCGCUCUUAAAUGCGAUAGAAGGCUGUUUGUUGUUUACUAUUUCGGGGUUAUGUUGAAGCAGUAAGUGUAAAUUUAUGUAGAAAUAGUGAUUAUUAUUGAUAGAAGAUAAUUUCCUUCCCAUUUUUUGGAAGGAACGACUGUAAAGCAUUAGAAAAAAUUAGCCUAGUAUGUAUAUGUAUACAACUGAAUGUGUAAAAAUGUGUUAUGUAGGAAACGAUAAACACUAUUAUUUAUACGGGAUUACAAAUGACCUUCAUUUCUGAAACCGUGUUUAAUCCACAUGGAGCUACGAAGAGUAUGUGGCUAAGCGAACCAAUUGAAUGUGGUACUUGUGUAAAAUUUACGCAAUAUU